AUGAAAAGUGCAAUAAGGGACAUUCGUGGUGGAGCAAAGUUGAGGCCGACAGCUGCUUUGUAUGGUAUUCCUGUUAUGACAUUAUCUGAUUACUCAAAAAGGGACAGCUAUGAUCUUUCAUUUCGCAUGGGAAGAAAACCCGUUUUCUCUCGUGAACAGGAGACAGAAAUUAGAGAUCAAAUAUUACUUCUGGCAAGUAUGUUUUAUGGAUUGACGCCACAAUCAUUGAAAGCAGCAGUUUUUACAUAUGCGGAGUCUAACAAAAUUAAAAAUCCUUUCAAUAAAGAUAAAAAAGAAGCUGGUAAAGACUGGAUGUAUGGGUUUUUAAAAAGGAAUCCUGAAAUAAGCAUCAGACGCCCGGAACCUACCAGCGUAAAUAGAAUUCUUGCCUUUAAUGCCACAGAGGUACAGAUAUUCUUUGAUAAUCUGUCAUCAACAUACGACAAAUAUAGAUUUCGUCCUCAUAGAAUAUUUAAUGUUGAUGAAACAGGCAUCAACGCUGUUCACAAACGAGAUAAUCACAGUAGUCAUAUUUCUGUGAGAAUUUACGAUUUUUGUCGCCAAAAUGGCAUUAUUAUGUUGACAAUACCGCCUCAUACGUCGCACAGGACCCAACCCCUGGAUAUUACAGUUUACAGUCCCUUGAAAACAGCUUUACAUAAAGAAUGUGAUGCCUAUAUGAAACUCCAUCAAUAUGAGAAACUAACGCCACUGCAAUUGAUUCCACUGUUCACUCAAGCGUAUUUGAAUGUAGCUAAUGCAGAAAAAGCACUUAGUGGUUUCCGAGCAUCAGGCAUUUGGCCCUUCAAUCCAAACGUUUUCAGUCAAUUGAUACAAGAAGGAAAUGAUAACGCUUCUGACAGGAUUUCCACAGAACAGGCUAUUGUAGAUAUAAGGAUGGAGUCUGAAAUGUGGAAGCAUCAUCUGCUUUACUAG